CUCUUAUUAUUUUUUUCAUUAUAUAUAAGCUGCUUCUCAUAUCCCCUGUUAUUAGUUGAUCAUUUCAUUUCUCAUUGGAUUCCAACAACAGAAAGGAAAAAACAAGAAUGAACUUUUACGCAUACCCAUCUCGUUUUCCCAUGUCUUCGUUGUCUGUGUUUGGAGAUUUCAUUGAAAAGAUCAAAUUUUCUUGCAAUUUCGCUGUUUCUGCCAUCAUUGGGAAUAUUUUCUCUGCGAUCUUAACCUUCUUCUUUGCAUUAGUGGGAACCUUGUUAGGGGCCAUGACGGGGGCUUUGAUAGGACAAGAAACGGAGAGCGGGUUCGUUCGAGGCGCUGCCGUUGGGGCCAUCUCCGGUGCGGUUUUCUCGAUCGAAGUUUUCGAGUCCUCCCUGGUUCUUUGGCAAUCUGAUGAAUCCAGGAUCGGAUGUUUGCUUUACUUGAUUGAUGUCAUUGCAAGCCUUCUAAGUGGGAGGCUUGUUCGAGAACGAAUUGGUCCCGCGAUGCUGAGUGCAGUCCAAAGUCAGAUGGGAGCUGCUGAAACAACUUUUGAGGAUGUCCAGAACAUAUUUGACAUUGGUGGUUCAAAAGGAUUGGCCGGAGAUUUGGUCGAAAAAAUCCCAAAGAUCAAAAUCACAAACAAUAACAAUGUCGAUGCUUCCGGGGACAAAGUUUCCUGUUCUGUUUGCCUUCAGGACUUUCAGCUCGGAGAAACAGUUAGGAGUUUGCCGCGAUGUCAUCACAUGUUCCACUUGCCUUGCAUAGAUAAGUGGCUCAUUAGUCAUGGUUCUUGUCCAUUGUGCAGAAGGGAUCUGUAAUCUCUCGUUUCUUUUUUCUCUGUAAAUUAUACAAUUAGAAUAGUUCUUCAUAGUUUAUUUAUACCGUCGUUACUCACCGGUGCAUGUGUAUUCGAGUAGCCGAAUUACCCUA